CGGAUUCGCAUUCAGCGUUUCAAAUAACAUAGGGAUAUAUAGCGUUUUGCGCGCUUUUGCCACCACUUGUCUGUUUUUCAGCGCUCGUUAAUAUAUCCAUCGGCGCGUAAUAUCGAUAUUUUCGAUGGUUUUUGGACAUCUGCACCGCAACUUCGCAGAUUUUUCUUUUAAUACAUAAUGGAGCACUUCAUGGACGAAGCAUUCGCGGAGGCCAGGAGAGUGUUAGCAGCUGGAGAAGUACCGGUGGGUUGCAUCUUCAUCUACCAUGCGCAUGGUAUGGACAAAGUGAUUGCACGAUCUGGAAAUGAUGUGAAUGCUACCAAAAAUGCUACCCGGCAUGCAGAGUUUCUUUGCAUAGACCAAACGUUAGAGUACUGCAGGCAAAAUGGAUUGCUAUAUCGGGACGUAUUUCCUAAAAUCAGUGUUAUAGUCACUGUAGAGCCUUGUAUUAUGUGCUCAGCCGCACUACAUGAUUUAGGUGUCAAGGAGGUUAUAUAUGGUUGUGCUAAUGAUCGUUUUGGUGGCAAAACUUUAGUUGAUGUGCCAUUUGUCACGAACAAUAUUAUUAUCAAACCGGAAGUAAAAGGCGGGAUUUGUGCUGAUGAAGCAAUGGCAUUACUUAAAGAAUUCUACAAGGGCGAAAAUCCAUCUGCACCAAUUGCUAAAACUAAAAGAUGAGCGGAAAUAGGAAAUCUAUGAAGAGUAUGAUAUUAUGUAUUGUGGUGCUUGUCCGAGGAUCGAAAACAGAAUCGAAUAUGAUAAAUACAUAUGUAUGCAUGGAUGCCUAUUCGGGACAUUGCUGAACCCAUCGUAGAACAGUACCGGUUGGACUGAACAGUACUUAUACAGUGGAGAAAAAAGUAUAGCCGCACCACAUAUUGACAACUUUCAGUUUUUUUGGUAUUUUGUUGUUAUUUACUUUUAGUUAUUUUCAUUUCAUUUAUUAAUCAAAUCAUUAGCAUAAUAAGAUCAAAAGAAAGAUCAUUUAUAGCGCAACUAAAAUAAAGGGUUGGGUCCCGAAAUGUAUCUGUUAGUUCGAGGCUUGAACAAAAAACUGGUGGGGCGUGACAUCGCUUACCUUUCCAGCUUGAAAGAGCAAAUACCAAAGAAUUCAAUGACCUGAGUCUCUUUCUCCUUCGACUCCAGGGCUCCUCAGGCGAACCUCUUCAAAAUAGGGAAAAAGUCAAAAGCCGCCUACGCA